CCCGCCCGGCGCGCUCGCCCGCCGGCUCGCUCGCGCGGAGGAAAACGUUGCGCAGGUUCAAAAAUGGAACGUCGGCGGCGUGAGGGAGCGCGAGGGGGUGUGCGCGCGUGCGCGUGCGCGUGCGCGCCCGGGCGAGGGUGACGGGGACCCCGCCGGCCCGAGCAUCGCGCGCCGCAGCCGCGGCCCCGCAGCUCCGCCCCCGGCCCGGCCCGGCCCCGGGCCCGCUCGCCCGCCGCCCCGCAUGGAGCUGUCAGCCAUCGGCGAGCAGGUGUUCGCCGUAGAGAGCAUCCGGAAGAAGCGCGUGCGGAAGGGUAAAGUUGAAUACUUGGUGAAGUGGAAAGGAUGGCCCCCAAAGUACAGCACGUGGGAGCCGGAGGAACACAUCCUGGACCCCCGCCUGGUCAUGGCCUACGAGGAGAAGGAGGAGAGAGACCGAGCGUCGGGGUAUAGGAAGAGAGGUCCGAAACCCAAACGGCUUCUGCUGCAGCGGCUGUACGGCAUGGACCUGCGGAGCUCCCACAAGGCCAAGGGCGAGGAGAAGCUCUGCUUCUCCCUGACGCGCCCACUCGGCAGCGGGAGCCCCGAGGGGGUGGUCAAGGCGGGGGCGCCCGAGCUGGCGGACAAGGGCCCCUUGGUGCCCACCCUGCCCUUCCCGCUCCGCAAGCCCCGCAAGGCCCACAAGUACCUGCGGCUCUCACGCAAGAAGUUCCCGCCCCGCGGGCCCAACCUGGAGAGUCACAGCCAUCGACGGGAGCUCUUCCUGCAGGAGUCACCGGCCCAGGACGUCCUGCAGGCGGCCAGCGAGUGGGAGCCUGCCGAGCAGCCCCCCGAAGAGGAGGCAGAGGCAGAUCUGGGCGAGGGGCCACCUUCCUGGACACCCACGCUCCCCUCAAGUGAAGUGACAGUGACCGACAUCACGGCCAACUCCAUCACCGUCACCUUCCGCGAGGCCCAGGCCGCCGAGGGCUUCUUCCGAGACCGCAGUGGGAAGUUCUGAUCCGCCAUUUUUAACUCUUAAACUGUUUUCUUUGGGGCUCGGGGUGGGGACUUCCGGAGAUGAGGAGGGGGUUAGGGCGGGAUAAUUAUUUUAUUUAAAAAAAACAAAAACAUUGACCAGGAGAAGGGGUGAUGCUCCCAACCUUGUCCCGCCCACCCGCCCCUUUCUCUGCGCUGACGGACAGACGGACAUUUUCAGAGCUGGGGCAGGGGGGGGGGCCUGGCACUGCUCUGUCACUUGGGGCGCCGUCUCCAGGGCAGGACGGGGACAGGGCCAGCCUCCCUGGACCCCUCUGGCCCGCUUCUUCUCCGGAGAGACAGCAAUUGGUCCCGGGACUAAAGGAGGACUGGAAGACCUGAGCCCUCCCCCGCAUCCUGCCCCCGCCUUUCUGGUUGGUUACCCCUUUUCCCUUCUGUGUGUGUGUUUGGGGAGGGGUCUUUCUUUUUAACUUUCCACUCCAGCUCUUCGGGGGAGAUGGAGGCUGGCUUUGAGCAAAAGCGACGGGGUAUGAGAGCUGAGGGGCCGCAGGGAAGGGUUGGAGAUGGCUGGCCAUAACCCAGAGAGGUCUCCCCCGGGUGGGGUGGUUGCCAGCUAAUAAGCCCCUUCCGCUGAGAGCUACUCCCCACCCCACCCCCCAACCUGGCCUGUGAAAACUGCCCACGUGCGCACCCGGCCCCGCAGGUGUGUGUACUGGCCCUCGUGCCCUCGUGACUGCACGCACAUGUCCAUAGCCAUGUGCAGCGGGUCUUGCAAACUUCCUGUUUAGAAACCCUGACCAGGUGAAUGGGUGAAUGGGGGGUGAAUCAGCACAAAAGAGCUUGCCAUAGGUAACCCCACUCACCCCACCCUCCCUGCGCUUCACCUGACAGGAUCUGUCCAAUCAGCGUGCUUGCGCCGUCACUGGAGGGCAGGAGUCCGGCGGGGGCGGGGGAGCGGGGCGGCGGUCAGGGGGCGGCCAAAUGGCCUUCAGUGCUCCAGGUGUGGGAUGCCGUCUUGUGGUUUCACCUGGCCAGUCACAGGUGUGCAGAUGUGUGCCCUGCACCAGCGCAGUCACGGGUGUGCAAGUGUGUGUGUGUGUGUAUGCCCUGCACCAGCGCAGCCACAGGCGUGCAAGUGUGUGCAUGUGUGCCCUGCAUCAGCGCAAGCUCUGAGGCAGUUGGGUUCCAUUCCUCUCCUGCGCACCCCUUCCCCGCCGGGGCCCCGGUUCUCUCUGACUCAGGUGACUUUCCAGCCCUUCCCCUCCCCUCUUUUUCUGCCCCCCUCCCCCAAGUCAGCCAACCAGAUGUGGGUGUGGGUGGUCAGGGAGGGAGGGAGCGUCCCACCACCUUCUCAGGGCAGCCCUUGACCCCUGACACCCUUCCUCCUCCUGUUCUGGGUCUCCUCCGCACCCACCCUCAAUGCUGCAGCUGGGACUAACCUUGUUUCCCCGUGGGGGGACUUCUGCCAUGUCUUCCUGUGAUUGGGCUGUAGCGGAGGGUGGGUCAGGCUGUGUCCAAGCCCCGCCCCCUGCCCCCGCCCUGGCAGGGCCUGUGUCUGCCAGAAGAGGGGGCGCUCUGUUUCUAGUUUGCACAGACACGUCCUGUGGACUAGUGGCUUCUCCCUCUAGUGAGGAGUGACCUCUUCCCUACCCUGGCCCUGUAGGGGAGAAGCCAGGUUGGGGGUGGGCACCAGGGGAGCAAGCUCAAGACUGGCUCCCUCCCCUGUCCCCAUCUCAGGCCAGGCACUGGGUCCCGCCCCCCGCCUCCCCCGGCCCCGCCCCAGGGCCAGCUCUAUGCUCUGCUUUGUCCUCAGGAAGUAGGCAGAAUCCUGCUGAGGCUCCUCCAAUAGGGCAGUUCUUCCCCAGACCCCUUCUUCCCAAGUUCCCAAACCAAAGACACCCUGCACCCCAUUUUUCUUUGGGGUGCCUUGCUGGUCAGAUCCCAGAUCCUUGCGUGUGGGUCCCCCCUUCCUUUGCAGUCCUUCGUUGUCCAGGGUCAAUUCAGUGCUUCCAUUGGGGGAUGGCACCACCCCCCACCCCAUGACUUGAUUCACCCCCAGCCUAGGGGUUUGUGUCUAGAGGAGUAUGUGGGGGUGGACCGGGGAACCGAGGGGCUGUGGGGAACCCUCCUGCCUGGAGCCCUGGGGAGGGGAUGGGCAGCCAGAGUGGGCGGCUGUCCCAGGUCAGGGGCUCCUGGCAUAGGGGAGGGUGGUGGCAGGGGCCUCGCUGUGACAGAAAGAUGCUGGCCCUGGCUUUGGACUUGGCUGGCAGCUUCCAAUAGAAGUCACACUCACCCCAUGCCCGGGGACAGGUGGCCUCCUCCAGCCUCACUUUGAAGAGCUGUUUGUGUCAUGUGCUGGUUUGGGGUAGGGGGCUCUUUUGUGGGAUGAGGUGACUGCUGUGGUGGAACACUGCUUGACUCUCAACCCUUCAUGGCACACAGGGUGCCCUGCUGUCUGGAGGGCUGAACCCUGGGAGCCAAAGCUCUUAGGACCCACCCAUCCAGGACACAGGACGGAGACCUUUGCGAGGGGUUGGAAGUGGCCUUCAGGCCUCCUCCAGCCCUGAGCAUCCCAGCAGGGCUUGGGGUGAGGGGACAAACUGGGCACGACCUCCCUCCCCACCCCGUAGCCACCCCAGAAGGCCAGUACUCACUUGGGGAGGGGGCGUUGAAAAAGUUAGACCACCUGCCUUCCCUUCCCCAGCCUCACCUGUUUUGAAUGUAGACACCGGUUGGUACUUCUGUUUUGCUGUGGGGUGGGGCAAAGGGCAUGUUCUCUGCCCCUGGCACGGCCACCCCCCUGCUGAUGCCGCAGGCCCCUCGAGGACCACCUCUGCUCUCAGGAUGGUGGUCCCAUCGCCAGCUUCCUCCUUGGCUCCUGCCCCGGGUGAGGGCGCUUCGCUGGUCCGGUGGUUUUUGCCUUUGCUUUAUAACUGGCCCGCCGGGCUUCCAGGGCUCAGCACAAGAACGCUUCCUUUGCACAGAAUGAGCGUCGAGCUUUGUUCAGACUAAAUGAAUGUAUUUGGGAGGGGUUGGGGGGUACGAGUCGAUUUCAAGCACAUGCCUUUUUCGAGUGAGCGUGUGCGGGGAGAGCUGGAGCAGAUGCAGAGCAUGGUUUUAUUUUUCUACUGAUGUUGGUAAGAGACUGUAUAGCAUCUAUUUAUUUAGAUGAUUUAUCUGGUAAAUGAGGCAAAAAAAAUUAUUAAAACUACAUUAAAGAUGAUUUUAGAAAAAAA